AUGGUUAACACUCCCCCGCCACCGAAGGAAAAUUCAGCGCCAUCUGCAGGGUCAGUCGCGAUAAAGCCCCCAGUGCAUGUGGUGCGAAAACCAACGGUGACGACGGCCAGUGUCCCUGCCCCGCUAACGAGGAAUAAUAUCGCUUCGUCCACUACAAAUGGACACUCAAGACCUAUUUUGAAAGCCGCGAACAUUAAAGAACGUGUGCGGCAGCAUGAGGAAACGCCCACCGUAAAUCCUGAUAAGUUUUACGUAGGUGAUAGGGCGGAAGUCGGGGGUAGAAAAGGCACAGUCAUGUUCGUUGGACCAGCAGUAUUCGCAAGUGGUGCCACUGUCGUUGGCAUGCGUCUUGAUGAAAGGCGAACAACGUCUGCAUGCGACGGAAGAUGCGACGGCGUGCGAUUGUUUCGUUGCAAAGCAGGCUUUGGCAUAUUUGUUCCGAUCGCUGAUUGCAAGAAGAUCGAAGGGGAUGACGACAGGGAGCAUUGGGAUCCUCUCCCAGGCCCAGCCGGAUCUUCGAUCAGAGAUUCGUAUGAUCCUAUCGAUGCCCUCGACCACAUCGUCGGCCAUGCGGGUGCCAAAGAAAAAAUCCAGUCGGUAGUGAAUGCUCUGCAGGUAAACCGCCGUCGCGUUGAGGCAGGAGGUAGAGCUGAACCAGCAUCGCACAUGGUCCUCGUUGGACCUCCGGGCAGUGGCAAGUCAAUGCUUGCUCGACUCACUGCGUACAUUGUGUCUGAGUGCGACGUCUCUAGGCAUGGUCCUCUUGUCCGUCCAAGCCGUGCAGAUAUUAUUGACGUAGGUAGAUCUCCUGGAAGAUCUGCCGAAUUAAUCGCCAUACAAUGCGACAAGGCAGAGGGUGGUGUCUUGCUCAUCGACGAUUUCCACCGUAUGCUUCCAGUUGCUGACGCCGGCAGCUUACGAGCUGUUUCGGGCGUUGAGGCUCUGGAUUCACUGGCUCUAGAAGUGGAGCGUCGUGCAAGGCGACCUGGAAAGGGAAUUGUCCUUAUCAUUGCCGGAGACCUGGAUGGCAUUGCCGCUGCUCGCCGCCUAUGUCCAGUUCUUGAUGCCAUGCUCCCGCCUCCUGUCGCUCUUUCAGACUUCACUUCAAAAGAGGUGGUAGCAAUAAUUAAUGGCAUGUCGCAAGAGCGCGGAUUUGCACUCGCUGAUGGACUAGUGGGAAGUCAUGAGAUGGAAGUACACGUUUCUGAAGCAGAUCGCUGCGCUGAGCCAACCCGGAGAAAUGCACACCUCGCAAGAUCUUUGUUAGAGGCGGCCAUCAACCGUCAAACAGAACGCGUGUUUACCUUAGGUACGGUCGGCCGGAAUUCGUUGACAGUCUUACAAGGGGUUGACUUCAUGGGCAACAGUGAUGAUGAAGUUGUUGGAGGUGCACCCGGGUCAGUGGCUCAGCAGAUGCAGGAUGACACAGAGAAAGCACUUGCAGAACUGGAAAACAUCGUUGGUUUGGAAGGAGUCAAAAAGUUUAUUAAGUCACUAAGAGCCCAACUUUUGGUUGAGAAGGAAAGGAUUGCCGCGGGACUUCCUUCUUCUGGCGGCGGUGUCCUACAUAUGGUAUUCGCAGGUAAUCCAGGAACUGGAAAGACGACGGUGGCCCGUAUCAUUGCCAACCUGCUACGUGCGCUCGGAGUGCUUCGAAGAGGUCACCUUGUCGAAGCUGAUCGCUCAAGCCUUGUUGCUGGAUACUCCGGACAGACAGCACUCAAGACGAAAGCUGUAGUCAGUGAAGCUUUGGGGGGGGUUCUAUUCGUGGACGAAGCCUAUGCACUUGUUUCAGGAGACAGAGACUCUUUUGGUAAGGAGGCACUCGACACGUUGAUGAAAGAGAUUGAGGAUCAUAGGGAGGAUCUCGUCGUGAUCGCUGCCGGGUAUAUCAACGAGAUGAAAGAUCUACUAGCGAGUAACCCUGGCAUGGAAAGCCGAUUUCCCACAACACUUCACUUUGCAGAUUAUAACGCAGACGAGCUUAUGUCGAUCGCAGAGCGUGUGCUAGAGCCGCAGAGGAUUACCCUAGGAAAGGGCGCGCGCGAAACUUUGCAUGCCCACUUUUCGUCAGAACUUCAAGCACGUCACCCGGGUGCAAAGGGAUCGAACGGUCGUGGUGUGAGGAACCUUCUGGAGGCAGCGAAGCGCGCGCAGGCUCUUAGGCUCGCAGAUGUCAAGGGGGUGAAAAGCCUCGAGGAUCUCACCACACUAACAAAAGAGGACUGUGAGCUUGCCUGUCGCAAGUAAAACGUGGUUGUUAACCACCGAAUAUGUUGUGAGGCCAGCUACAAAAUUGCACACACAAGAUAGAUAAAGAUUAAUCGUUCACAGCACAUUCGGGACUGUGCGGCUGUUUGCUGUAUUCAUUACAGCUAACGUGCAUAAGUACUUCCUACUUUUGUGCAUUUUUUUAGAGUUUUUUGUGUUUGAAGCUUUCAGUGGUAAGAUAGCUCACGAUGUACCACUUUCAACCAAUGACCCUCUUCUAUCCAAUCGUCUCGAACGCCGGGCGGACAUUACUUCCAACUGGUAGAAUCAACCUCACUGGAAUUCAAAUCUCCUGCACGCAGGUCUUACAGGGUAGUCAGGAUCUACAACCUUCACCUGACCUUGCACUAAAAGUUAUAUAAACAACUUCCGAUAGAUAACGAGGUCGGGACUAUCAUUUACGACGGGUUUCUCGUCUCUUCACCUUCCCCGACACCGUAUGCAAGUUGAUAAUUGAUUACAUCAAGUUUGGGAGGUCUCAAAAAGGCUUCACUUUGGUCUCAAAGUUCCGUAGAUAUACAAAUCACUUUUAUCAAAAAAGGGUUUCGUAGCGAAGGCCUACGCCCUUUAAGCCGUGAUUUUGCGUUGAUGAGACAGAGUUAAGGGUGAAAUAAGCCGAAGGGUUCAACCCUUAAGCUCCACCAAUUCAAGCUAGAUUACGGCUUAAAAGG